AUGGGUGGAAAACAUUCACAAUUCUGGAAAGCACCUGACCAAAAGGAGAGUGAAGGCAAACUCAUCUUACCCGGGCAACUGGCUGCUGAAGAUGAAAUUGCCAAUUAUGCUAGUAUCAAUGACUCUGCUACGUCCUGCAUGGGCAUUGCACGUCGAAGCUGUGUCAACUGUCCAACGUGUCAGGGAACAGGAAGGAUCCCCAGGGAGCAAGAGAAGCAGCUGGUGGCUCUGAUUCCAUAUGGUGACCAGAGGCUGAAGCCUAGACGAACGAAACUCUAUGUAUGUAUUGCGGUGACGAUCUGUCUGCUGACAACAUCUCUCAGUAUUUUCUUCCUGUUUCCUCGCUCCGUUACUGUGCUGCCUGCAGGGCUGAAUGCCUCCUCUGUUGGCUUUAAUGCCACCACCGCCUGUAUGUACCUCAACAUGACG